UUUAAGAUUUUGAUUCAUUUUCUUCGUUUGAAAAAUGGCGCUCACGAUAAACGAAAAAUGGAUACGAGAAAGAGUGCAUUUAAACCCCGAGAGCCUCGAUGAAGUUCGAUCUCUGGCCUUACCAGGAACUUACCAUGAGAAGAUCACGCAUCUCGGCAGCUCCUUGCAGAAUUUCUCUCGUCUGAAGCACUUGGACCUCUCAAGGAAUGCCCUGCAGAGUCUUGAUGGUCUUCAACAUCUGCUGGUCCUGGAGAAACUCAACAUUUACUACAACAACAUAGCAACGCUGACGGACCUGUACCAGCUGCGUCACAACACCAACCUACAAGAGGUGGACCUCCGCCUGAAUCCAGUCACUAAGAAUGAACCCGAUUACCGACUGUUCAUGGUCCACAUGCUGCCCAGUCUACGCAAGCUGGAUGAUCGUUCAGUUCGUGAGAGCGAGAGAAAGGCGGCCCUGAUGCACUUCAACACCGAUCAGGCCACCGACCUCACAGAGCACUUACCCAUGAAGGGACAUGCAGAGACAGAGAGGGUGACAAACCGAAGAGUAGAGAUGGUGUCAAACCUACCCAGGAAGCCAACAGUUCUUGAUGAAGAUGAUUGUGACGUCUUGGAUAUGAUUGCAAGAUCGGGAGGUGACCUUGGAAGACCAAGAGAAAUAACAGGCUCCACAGCAACUGUUUCCAAGGUGACUGCUCACUCCCAUCAAGAUGAGCAAAGACAAACCUUGGUGGGUUCUUCAGAGCCUGCAAGCACCAAAUACCCCCUAUCGCCACCCCAGGCAGAGGGCAGGUCAUGGAGGGGUAACACCUGGGCAGCAGAGGAGGGGUCCACCCAGAGAGGGGACAAGGGGCAGGGUACAGUGGAAUCAGUGUGUGCUAUAAUCAAACCGACACCUGAACCCAAAGGUUCCCCGACCCAACUUACAGGGAGCCAGCCUCCGACCCAUAAGGAGAGAGCGAGGGUGCAGUUCAGCGAUGAGGCCCUCGGCCCAUCGGCGACGGCGCAAGAGAACAGAGACGCUAACAUGAAGUGUAUUGAUGAGAGUCAGGCAUAUACAACGUAUACAUCCAAGGGGCAUUUUACACCCCGUCCAGAUACAAAUCACAAUGGAGAGGAACCGACAUCAUUCAGAGGCAACCAUAUUGAUCUAGAUGCCCAUCACCAUAGCAACAGGGCAACCGAACCACAAAUACAGAGAGUAUCAUCUGUCCCGUCAGUUGCUUUGGACAAGUCUGCUGCGACGUCGUCAGGGGAAAAGGUGGACCUGAACUUAUUCCUCGAUAACUUCCUGUCUCUGGUAGACAGAUACUGGAACGGCACAAAGUCACUCCACAGACAUGGAAAAUUCCAAACCCAAGCUCAUACGUUAUUGUCAACACUGAUGAAUGAAGCCACGGUCAAUGUAUCCCAGCCCCAGAGGCAAGAGGUCUCACGAGAGUCAGUAGCUGAGAUCGCAAAGCUCAGACAAGCUUUGCAGGCUAGUCAAGAUCAACUGGAGAAUCAACGUAAUCAGCUGGAUGCUGCACUGGCAGAUAGAGAGCAGCUGCAGAGCAACCUGGAGGCGGUCCAGUCAGAUAGGUUACCCAGUGAUAGAUCAGUCGAUAGUCAGCGAACUGAUAGGGGGUUACGCACAGGUGUUCUUGAGAGAGAUGUCGAGAAGCUUAGUCGAGAAAAUGAGGGCUUAAAACUUGGAGUUAAACAUUUAAGCCAGCUACAGGAGCUUGCCACCAUGCUCCAAGAAAGCCACAAAUCUCUUGUCAACACUAACGACCACCUUCUUCAAGAGUUGGACGAGACCAAACAGCGCCACCUUGAGGAAGUAAAGCAGCUACAUUGGUCGUAUGGAGAGCUGAAACGCACCAUGAACAAUGGAUUUUAAAUCUUCAAAAGGUGUUUUACGGCUGGUUCAAAUA